AGAAAAGAGGAAAAAGAAAACAAAUUAAAACGAGGGUGGAAAAAUCUCGAGAGGGUUUUCUUAUAUCAUCAAUCAUCCAUCCCCCUCCCUCCUCCGUAUUCUCGCCGCUGACAAAAGACACAAAGCAUCGUUUUAUAUAUAUAUAUAUAUAUUCUAUCCAGCAGAUCCGAAAGAGAGAGAGAGAGAGGCAGGUGACGGCGGAUAAGAUGAGCAGCAGCAGCAGCAGCAAGGUCGUUGUGGGAGCGAGAAAGGGGGAUAAUGGAAUGAAGGAUAUCCCGUCAGGGUCUAGAAAAACAGUAGAGAGCUUGAAGGAAAUCGUCAACUCUCCCGAGGCUGAGAUCUACGCUAUGCUUAAAGAGUGCGAUAUGGAUCCUAACGAAGCCGUUCAUCGCCUCCUCUCUCAAGAUCCUUUUCACGAGGUGAAGAGCAAAAAAGAGAAGAAGAAAGAGACAAGGGAUGUACCAGAUUUCCGGUUUCGUGGUGCUAAUAAUACAUACAACCGCGGUGGUAGAGGUGGCUCUGAUCGCUAUGCUGGACGAAGUGCAUCUACCCGUCUCAGCUCUACUGAUUCUGGAAACGUCCAGGGAAAAUCUACACACAAGAAAGAAAGUGGAACUCAGGGUUACACAAGCUCUUGGUCUUCUGCCUCUGGAGUGCCAAACCACCAGCAGACACCACACAGUGAGUCUGUUGUAACGGAAAAUAAAUUGCCGUUGCCAUCUGCUACCGGAGAUGGAAUAUCACUAUCACAGCCUGCUUCUGGACAUCAAACUGCAUGGUUUGGAGCUCCAGGCCAGAUGUCUAUGGCUGACAUUGUGAAGAUGGGUAGACCACAGAACAAGACAACAAACUCAAAACAAAAUGCCAAUAUGCGUUCUGAGAUUAAUCACGAGCAUGAAGCUAAUGCAAAUCACCAGGCCCCUGUUAAAGAAGAGUGGCCGACGAUUCAGAAGCCACUAGCUCCUGGCACAUCUUCUGUAUCAGUAGCAUCAGCCGAGUCAGAGGUAUGCGAUGGUCAAGCUGAUUUCCAAUCCGCCAGAGUAGAUCAGCAUCUGAGCGACCGGUUAGAAGAUAUUCAUUUAGCAGAAAAUGGCCCUUCUGAUAAUCUUGGAGUAGAUCAAGUGCAACCUGACUCGGUUGCUGGUAAAAUUGUCCAAGAAGAUGACUCUGGAGUUCCGUCUGAAUUUAACGAGAAUCAGUACGCGUAUCAGACGCAGAGCCAUCCUGUAGACCACCACAAAGAUGAAGAUGAAGUUUCAUAUGGUUCAGCGGAAUUUCAACCACUAACUGUAGAUAGUCAUGACCAAGGAGCCUCGCAUGAAGAGGAUAGACGUGCUGUCGUUAUUCCAAAUCAUUUGCUAAUCAACACAGAAGAAUGCUCACAAUUAAGUUUUGGAAGUUUUGGAGCUUUUGGAACAAGGCCUUUGAGCAACAACGCAGAAGAGACUCCUGAUGUAGCUCAACAGAUCGAACAUUCAGAUGCAAGAAAUACUGAGUUCUAUGGAGAUGAACAUGUUGAAAGCACGGUCAAUGGAAAUAUGGGCCACGCACCUGCUGCUGGAAGUUAUGAUGAUUCUUUAGAAUCUAGGAGAGAGGAUUCGGAGCAAGAGAACCCCGAGCACCAGUACACAUAUGCUCAGUCUGAGCCAGAGUACGCUAAGCAGCAGAUGAAUACUGCAUAUGAUGCAUCACAGACACAUGCACAGGAUCAGGAUCAGAUGCAGAAGCCCGAGACUGUUCAGGACCACCAGUACACAUUUGCUCAGUCUGAGGCAGGGUACACUAAACAGCAGCUGAAUACUGCAUAUGAUGCGUCACAGACACAUGCACAGAAUCUUGCUUCGUUAUCGAAUGUGAUGGGGUAUGCACACUCAGUUCCCAAUAGUUUAUUGGCGCAAACUGCACAAAAUGCGAGGGAUCUUGAAUUCCAGUAUUCAACUUUUGCACAGUCUAUGCAGUCAAGAAACAGCAACAAUGCUUCAUCACUUGGUGGCCAAAGCAUCUCCAUGCCAGAGGCGCUCCGGGGCAGUGGAAAUCCGGCGGCGGCACAGCCAACGCAGCAAAACUUACCCGGUGCUAAUAUCAACGCAACUGGACCAGCUCUUCCUCAACAGCUUCCAAUGCAUCCUUACUCUCAACCCACAAUGCCGCUAGCACACUUUGCAAACAUGAUCAGUUACCCUAUGAUGCCUCAGAACUAUCCAUACAUGCCAUCCGCUUUCCAGCAAGCGUUUGCUGGUAACAGUUCAUACCACCAGCAACAACUAGCUGCCUUGCUUCCGCAGUACAAAGCCAAUCUCUCUCCCAGUAAUUUGCCUCAGUCUGCAACAGCUCCUGCUUCCGCUUAUGGAUUUGGAAACUCCUCCGCCAAUGUUGGAUCCGCUGGAAACUUCCCUCUUAACCAACAACCGUCUGCUCCUGCCGGUUAUGAAGAUGUUCUGAGUUCUCAAUACAAAGAGAACAGUCAUCUGUUGGCACUCCAGCAGCAACAACAGCAUCAGCAGCAGCAGAAUGAUAACUCAGCGAUGUGGCAUCACGGGCAUGGUUCGAGGACCAUGUCAGGUGUUCCAGCUAACACUUACUACAACCUCCAAGCACAACAACAGCAGCAACUCCAACAGAGUCAGCAAGCAGCAGGAGGGUAUCGUCAAGCUCAGCAACAACAGCAUUAUGGAUCUCAUGGCUACCCUAAUUUCUAUCAGUCCCAAACAGAAAUGUCGCACGAGCGCCAGCAGCAAAACCCUAGAGAGGGUGCAGGAGGAGCUCAGCCCUCGAAUCAAACCCAGCAGCAGCAGCACUGGCAAAACUCUUACUAAAAAUAAAGAAAGUGAGUGUUUUUUUCUUUAAGCUCCUUUCUGUUAUAGAGAGGUUUGUGUUGGCGAGGCUGAAGAGGAAAUGGAUAUGUUCUGAAUGUAUUUAUUAUAUAAAUCAUCAUCAUCAUCAUCCUUUUUGUAGCUUAAGAAACCUUUUCCUUAACCUGUCUCGUCUUUUCAUGUCCUUGAUGUUUGUUUAAACGUUUUGUUAAAAGAUCUCCUAGCUUUGGGCUUUAACGUGAUUUUGAAGCUAGUUGACAACACCUUCA